ACACACACACACACACACUAUUCAGUGUGUUAGUAUGCGGGUUUAGACACAGCCCUGUCGGCUGGAUUCGCGCUCGCGUCACGGCGGAGUCUCUUCCCUUAAAACCCAGGAGCAGAAAAGCGGCUCUGGAGAAGAAACAGAGCCUGUGUGGAGAUCACAGACACAUGGAGAAGGCAUGAGUUAUCCCGCUCUCCUUCAUUUCUGCUCUCCGGAAAGCCUUUGUGUGUUGCCAUUUUCUUCAGAAGCGGUGUUUUCUUUGACUACGGGGCUCAGGAAGAAUGCAUUCAGAAUGCUGACAGCCCGAUGGAUGCCACGGAAGAUCUGAGCCCAACGAGAGCACUUACCCAAGCUCUCCGUCACCCUACACCUCCUACCUACAAAUUCCAGUAGAUCCCUCAUCCCUCUGAGCGACCCCUGCCUCUGGGAAGUAUGCCUGGAUGGAGGGCCCAGUGUCAUCUGGUGCUGCUCAACCUGUUGUCCUGUGGCCUGGAGAUCUGCGUGGCAGCUGGCAUCACCUACGUGCCACCACUGCUGCUGGAGGCUGGCAUAGAGGAGAAGUACAUGACCAUGGUGCUAGGUAUCGGUCCAGUUCUAGGCCUCAUCUUCAUCCCUCUGAUUGGUUCAGCCAGUGACCGCUGUAGCAGUAGCUAUGGACGCCGGAGACCCUUCAUCUGGCUGCUGUCUCUGGGUGUGCUCAUGGCCAUGCUCAUCAUCCCUCACGCCGAUGUCCUGGCUGCCCACCUCAACUGGGGUGGCAGCUCCCAUCCUAACCAGCCACUUCAGGUGGGUUUGCUCAUCUUGGGGGUGGUGCUGCUGGACUUCUGUGGCCAGGUGUGCUUCACACCGCUGGAGGCGCUUCUUUCAGACCUGUACGGUGGGCGUGAGGAGUGCGCCCGUGCCUUUGCUACCUUCUCCUUCAUGGCGAGUCUGGGUUCGUGCAUUGGAUACCUCCUGUCCUUGCUCGACUGGAGCUCUGGUCCACUUGCCCAAUACCUGGGUGGCCAAUCCAAGGGACUCUUCACUUUCCUUAUUCUCAUCUUCGUCUUCUGUGUGCUGGUCACCAUGAAGGCAUCGGAGGAGAAAGAGGACUCCGAGACCUGGGCUGGAUGCCUCUCUAUGUGCUAUAUGUCCCGGAGACGGUUUAAGGUCUGCCUCCCAAGGGCAGGUUCUUUAAUAUGUGUGCUCAGGACCUGCUGGUCAGUAACACCAGCAAUCUUCAGAAGCUACUGCCAUGUGCCAUAUGUCAUGAGGCGCCUCUGCGCUGCUCAGCUAAGCAGCUGGAUGGCCAUCGUGAGCUUCAUGCUUUUCUACACAGACUUUGUUGGAGAGGGACUUUACCAAGGAGUUCCCAGUGCUGCACCAGGCACAGUGCCCAGGCAGCAAUAUGAUGAAGGUAUCCGCAUGGGCAGUCUGGGGCUGUUCCUGCAGUGUGCUACCUCAACCUUUUUCUCACUAAUCAUGAACCGGCUGGUGUGUACGUUCGGCUCCAGGAAGGUCUUCCUGUUCAGCAUGGUAUCUUUUACCCUCUCGGCACUGGUCAUCUGCAUGUCCAAGAGCGUGCUGUUGGUGACUGGGAUGUCGGCUCUUACCGGCUUUGCCUUCGCCACCUUACAGACUCUGCCGUACACACUCACCUGCCACUAUCAUCAAGAGAAGGAGGUGUAUAUGCCAACCAAGAAAACCAAAAAGACACACACAAACGGGAUAAACAUCCCCCCCGAAACCAUGCGCCUCACCUUGAACGAAGACACAGGCGAUCUGAACCACAACGGUCACGCCCACUACGACCGAGACGACGUGGAAUAUUACGGUCAGAACGCCACGCACCUCGAUCCCAGAUCGGACGAUUACGAGAAACGUGGUGUGGGCUUGGACUUUGCCAUUCUUGAUAGCACCUUCUUGCUCUCUCAGGUCUUCCCUUCUCUGUUCAUGGGCAUGAUCGUCCAGUUCACACAAUCCGUCACUGCCUACAUCGCUUCUUCUGCCAUUUUCGGUGCGGUCAGUGUAUUUUUUGCUACACGUGUCAUCUUUGAACAGAAGGAUCUUGAGCACUAGGAGAAAACAUACGUUCGUGAGACCAGGUGCCUUUUAAGGCUUUCUUUUAGGAAGUAAACAGCUUCCUGUGACUUCCUGUGAGAUUUAGACUUUAAGCUACUAGAACAACCAAAAACUCGGAAGUGGUUUGUGUGUGGUCAUUCAGCAUGAACGACCUGCUGUUCUUCUUUCUCCUGUCUGCUCACACAAUAACAUCCUGCCUGUCUCACCAUCCUUCCUGUCACUCAUUCUCACCACUCGCUAGCCCAGACCAGGAAAUCCAGAUUUAUAAAAAUUAAUUUAAUAUUAAUUUUACUGUUUUUUUUUUCUUUGCACUAAUGGCAUGUCUUAUCACCACAGAAGUCAUUCUUUUGAUUUUUUCCCCCAGUGGAGGCCUCUAUGGCUUUUCACCACCGUGAAGAUGACCUCACACUCACUGCUCAGGCUUUUUUUUUGUUCACUUGUAUCACACACCCACCAAAAUAACAAAAAAAAAAACCCUGGACCAACGAUUGCAUCAGAGCGAUGUGAUUCGAUGCCUUUAUGUCAUGUAAAGAUUUUGAGAAAGAACUAUUUUGCUGUAUAUAUUUUUGUACAUUAAUAAUAUAUACACACACAAACGUAUUUAUAUCCCUAUGGGAAUUUUUUGGAUGCAACCUGCUUGCCGAGGUCAUCUGUAUUUAUCUUCUCUUGCUGGCCUCACACGAACCUCGUGUAGCUCACGGGAUCCACUCCGUCCGUGUGAUUAGUAACCAGCACUAACAGCCAAAUUGAGGCUGAAGCUAAAAAAAAAAAAAAAAAGAAAAAAGAAAAAAAAGACAAUCUAGAUUAUUUUUGUAGAGAGAGAGUUAUACUACCUACAUGAUACUGUAGAAAGACUUUGUGCCACAAAUCUUCAUCUUCACCUUCAUCAUCAUCAUCAUGAUGAAAACGAUUCUACAGCAGGGCAAUGAAUUGGGGUUGUGUUUGGACAUGAAUUUAGAAAAAGACAGAGUGUGCAUGAGAAUGUAUGAACACAAGAGUGUGUGUGUGUGUGUAUGUGUCGGCGAAAGUGUAUGGCUAUGAGUGAGUGUGUAUGUGUGUGUUCGUGAGAGUUUGGCCGCAAGAGUCUGAGUGUGUGUGUGUGUCUGCAAGUGCAAGAGAACAUGUGUAAGAGCGUGUGCCAGUAGAGUUUGUACACGUGUGUGUUCUCUAGAAAAAGUUGUGUGUGCAUGGGCAAGUGCAAGGGAACAUGUGUGAGAAUGUGUGUGUCCAUGAGAGUGUAUGUCCGUAUGUGUGUGUGCUUGAGAGUUUGUAUGCAAGAGUUGUGUGUGUGUCCAAGAGAAAGUGUGUGUAUCUGCAAGUGCAAGAGGACGUGUGUGUGUGUGUAUGUGUGUGUGGGUGAUUGUAUGAAAGUAUGAGAGUAUAUGUGCAAGAGUGUAUGUAUGAAAGCAUGUAUGAGUGAGUGUGUGUGUCACAGUGCAUGAGAGUAUGUGAGUGGGUCUGCAAGGUGUGCACUCUGUGUGCACAAGAGUGUGUGUGUGUGUGUAUGUGUGUGUAUGAGAAUGUUUGUGGGAGACUGUAUCAAGAGUUCAUCUGUGAUGUGUGACUGUAAGCACAUAAGUGUGUGUGUGUGUGUGUGGUAUCAGUAGAACUCUCAGGACAGACGCGUGUGCUAUCUUUCUCUCUACUGGUGUUGUAUCUAGUCAAAACUUUAGAUUUUGUAUUUACAUUGAACAGACAUAAAUUAUUUCAAAUCAAUGAUUCAUGAGUUACAUUUUAAUUUAUUACGUCUGCUGUUAGCAAUUAUACGUCAAAUUAAUUCAAUAAUUAAAUACCGUCAUGGAUGGAUUUAAAAUAGGAUUGAUUUUGCAGCCAGUUAUGGUUCGGCUGGAAAUGUGACGUUACUUUGUUGUUGUUGUUGUUUAUUUUAUUAUUAUUUUUAUUAUCUAAUACACUACCAGUCGAAAGUUUGUUCUUACACGUUACUACUUUCUGCUUUCAUACAAUAACAAUAAAAAGAUUAAGACUAUACACAGAAUUACAUCCGGACCAAAAUAACGUGUUUUAAAAUAAACCGUGAUCCUGAAGCAGCUUCUCAGCAUCUUCUCAAGCAGGUUUAGGAGAAGCUUCACCCAGAGGUUCCUGAAUACUCCGAGCUCUUCACUGCUUCUACGUGAACACUGUUUGUUUGGGGAAAACGAGUGCAUCUAGACAUUUGACUGGUAGUGUACUGUACAUCCUAUGCCUCUCUACUUACUGUCAUUUACUCUAACGGACCAAAACCCCCUUUUAAGAACUUUGAUCCUUUCUAUUGAUUUUGCUGAACUUAAGAAACGUUUGAAGAACAUCCCGUCCUCCUGACUGACUUUAAAGUGCCUGAAACAUACGUAUUAGGUGUAUGAAAAAAUCGAGGCUUGUUGUUGCUUUUGUGUCUUUGCUGUGCGAGUCAGGGAUUUCUUGAAGAGAAGAUUACUUUACAUAGAAGUAAAAAUAGAUAGUGUUUAUUUAUAUGAAAAUGCCUUCAUCCUGACUCAGAGCUGUGUGUACAGUGGAUACAAAGUCUGAAGCUCGUGGUAUAAAUUUGGUUAUAACUUCCCCCAUCACACAUCAGUGUUUCCUGUUCAAAAUGAUACUGACUUCUUUUCAAUGUUGAGUUUCUUUUCAUGUGUCUGAUAUGGUCAGGUGAGAAUUUUAUAACCACUAUAUUUGCCCAGCAGAAGUCUUUGGAUUUUUGCAUCAUAUUUUAAUAGUUAAAAUGCAUUCAAUUAAAAUUUAUUGUAAUAAAGCCAGCCUCGGGUGUCUGUUUAUUUUUGUCAGAUAUUCGUAGGUAUUAAGUUACUAUGUUGUGUUGUGAAAUGCUUAAGGAAGCACACGAGGGUGUACUCGUUUGGAAAAAUACACGAUGUUGCCAAAAGUUUUGGGACACCCCUCCAAAUCAUUGAAUUCAGGUUUUGUUUUUCAGGGGUUGGUCUUGGCCCCUUAGUUCCAGUGAAAGGAACUCAAUGCUUUUUGGACAAUUUCAUGCCCCCAACUUUGUGGGAACAGUUUGGGGAUGACCCCUUCCUGUUCCAACAUGACUGCACACCAGUGACCAAAGCAAGGUCCAUAAAGACAU